AUGGAGUUGGAGGGGCGGGGCGCUGGCAGUGUGGCGGGGGGGCCGGCAUCUGGGCCCGGGCGGAGUCCCGGGGAAUCGACGCUGCUGGACGGGUGGCUGCAGCGGGGCGUGGGCCGGGGGGCCGGCGGCGGGGAGGCGGGGGCCUGCAGGCCCCCAGUACGUCAGGAUCCGGACUCCGGUCCGGAUUACGAGGCGCUGCCUGCUGGAGCCACUGUCACCACGCACAUGGUGGCGGGCGCCGUGGCCGGGAUCCUGGAGCACUGCGUGAUGUACCCCGUCGACUGCGUCAAGACCCGGAUGCAGAGUCUGCAGCCUGACCCAGCCGCCCGCUAUCGCAACGUGUUGGAGGCCCUCUGGAGGAUUAUAAGAACGGAGGGCCUGUGGAGGCCCAUGCGGGGGCUGAACGUCACAGCAACAGGCGCAGGGCCUGCCCACGCCCUGUAUUUUGCCUGCUAUGAAAAGUUAAAAAAGACACUGAGUGAUGUAAUCCACCCUGGGGGCAAUAGCCAUAUUGCCAAUGGUGCAGCGGGGUGUGUGGCAACAUUACUGCACGACGCAGCCAUGAAUCCAGUAGAAGUGGUCAAGCAGAGGAUGCAGAUGUACAACUCGCCGUACCACCGAGUGACAGACUGUGUACGGGCAGUGUGGCAAAACGAAGGGGCCGGGGCCUUCUACCGCAGCUACACCACCCAGCUAACCAUGAACGUUCCCUUCCAAGCCAUUCACUUCAUGACCUAUGAGUUUCUGCAGGAGCACUUUAACCCCCAGAGACGGUACAACCCCAGCUCCCACGUCCUCUCCGGAGCCUGUGCAGGAGCCGUCGCUGCCGCCGCCACAACCCCACUGGACGUUUGCAAAACACUGCUCAAUACCCAGGAGUCCCUGGCUUUGAACUCAAACGUUACAGGACACAUCACAGGCAUGGCUAAUGCCUUCAGGACGGUAUAUCAAGUAGGCGGUGUGACCGCCUACUUCCGAGGGGUGCAAGCUAGAGUGAUAUACCAGAUCCCCUCCACAGCCAUCGCGUGGUCUGUGUAUGAGUUCUUCAAGUACCUAAUCACUAAACAGCAAGAAGAGUGGAGGGCAGGCAAGUGAAGGAACGCUGGACGAAGCCAGGGUGCAGACAACACUGCUGCCUUCUGCCCACCCCAGUCAUGUUCCCAGUCUUCUGGCGCGCUUCCGCCUUGUGUGCAGCUGGAGGGGAAGUAGAGGGCUCCCCCAGCCCGCCUACUGCGGGUUUGGCUAACGCCACUUCCUGCCAGCCUCUGUCGCCACUGUCUUUCCUUCCAGGCCUAAGGCAAGUGCAGCUGAGCUCAGCACUUGUGACAUCCUCUCUCCAUCCUGGGCCUGAGGACCUGCUCAAGACUGUUAGAGAGGGAUCAGUAGCACAUCCCCCUGGUUCCUAAUAAAAAGCCUUUAAGUUAAA